AUGCCUGAGAGAGUUAUUGUUGUUGGCGCUGGCUUGUCCGGCUUGAGCGCUGCUCAUACCAUCUACCUUGCUGGUGGAAAUGUCGUCCUUUUGGACAAGAACAACUUCAUGGGAGGCAACUCCACCAAGGCUACAUCCGGAAUCAACGGUGCCCUUACAAGGACACAAGUAGAUGAGAAGAUUGGCGACAGCGUCAAGCAGUUCUACGAUGACACACUCAAAUCUGCGCGAGACAAGGCGCGACCAGACCUGAUCAAGGUUCUGACCUACAAGUCCGCUGCUGCCGUCGAGUGGUUGAUGGACGUUUUCAACCUCGAUCUGACUCUCGUUUCGCGGUUGGGUGGUCACUCCCAACCUCGUACCCACCGUGGCCACGAUGCCAAGUUCCCCGGAAUGGCCAUCACAUACGCCCUGAUGCAACGAUUCGAAGAGUUGGCCGAGCAGGAGCCAGAGCGCGUCCAGCUCGUCAAGAAGGCCAAGGUCUCCAAGAUCAACACCGAAGGCAACCGUGCUACCGGUGUCACCUACACAUUCAACGGCGAGGAGACAACACUUGAGGGCCCUGUCAUCCUGGCCACUGGUGGUUAUGCCGCCGACUUUACAGAGGACUCUCUUCUGAAAAAGUGGAGGCCAGACACCUACGACCUCUCCACCACCAACGGUGCUCACGCCACCGGUGAUGGACACAAGAUGCUGAUGAAGAUUGGUGCCAACGGCAUCGACAUGGACAAGGUUCAGGUUCAUCCUACCGGUCUGGUAGACCCUAAGGACCCUACGGCGAAGACUAAGUUCCUGGCCGCUGAAGCUCUCCGUGGUGAGGGUGGUAUUCUUCUCAACAACAAGGGCAAGCGCUUCUGCGACGACCUCGGUCACCGCGACUACGUCUCCGGUAUGAUGUGGGGCGAGAAGGACAAGGGCAACUGGCCCAUUCGCCUCGUCCUCAACUCGAAAGCAUCCAACGUCCUCGAUUUCCACACAAGACAUUACUCUGGCCGUGGCCUGAUGAAGAAGAUGACUGGUGCAGAGCUCGCCAAGGAGAUUGGUAUCAGCGACAAGGACCUCCAAGCAGAGUUCCAAAGCUACAACGCGAUUGCAAAGGGCGAGAAGAAGGACGAGUGGAACAAAAAGUACUUCCACAACCUGCCUUUUGACAUCAAUGACACCUUCCACGUUGCGCAAAUGGAGCCUGUACUCCACUUCACCAUGGGUGGUAUCGAGAUCAACGACCAAGCACAGUGCUUGAACUCCGAGGGCAAGCCAUUCGAUGGUCUGUACGUCUGUGGUGAGCUUGCUGGUGGUGUCCAUGGUGCCAACCGCCUCGGUGGCUCAUCACUCCUUGGCUGCGUUGUCUACGGUCGUGUAGCAGGAGAGUCUGCUUCCAAGUACCUCUUCCAACAAGCGCUCAACAAGUCUGGUGGUGCCGCUGUAAACCGUCUCGGUCAGAUCUCGCUACACAUCGACCCAUCACAACCGGGCAAGGUAUCCGUCGAGUGGGGCAACGGUGUCAGUGGAAACGCUCAAGCCGGCGCCAGCUCGUCGUCGGACCCCGUUCAGCAUCAAAAGCAGGAAUCCGCCGCUCCGGUCAUGUCUUCAAACGGCGACUCAAGUGACCCCGGCAAGGUUUCCAAGCCCAACGCACCCAAGAAGUUCAGCAUUCCAGACAAGGAAUUCUCGCUCGAGGAGGUUGCGAAGCACAACAAGAAGGAUGAUCUAUGGAUCGCCGUAAAGGGUAUUGUCAUGGACGUGACCAACUGGACAGAUGAGCACCCAGGAGGUCCUCAGGCGCUCUUUAGCCAUAUGGGCAAAGAUGCAUCAGAGGAGUUUGAGAUGCUGCACGACGAUGAAGUCAUUCCCAAGUACGCACCUGAGAUCGUUAUUGGUCGGGUCAAGGGUCAAGAGGUGACACUUGAGUACUAG